AUGAGUAUUGCAGUAGAAGAAAAGACACAUUUUUUAAAUAAUGAAAGAAUAAUAUCUGAAUCAAGUAUAUCUUGCGAAAAAAUGCAAGAAAAAGAAACUCAGAAUGAAAAAAUACCGGCAAAAAAUGAAGAAAAAGUCCGUAAAAGAAACCUUUUAGAUUUGUCAGAUUUUCCAGAAACUGAUGAUCCAGAAGCUAUUCUUCAACAGGUAGAGUUUUACUUUUCAGAUUCAAAUCUUCCUUUUGAUAAAUUCUUGUGGAAUACGUCUCAAAAGAAUGAUGGAUGGGUUUCUAUUGAAUUGAUUUCUAAGUUUAAAAGGAUGCGUCGUUUUCGUCCUAUAGAAGCUAUUGUUAAAGCGUUACGUACAAGUAAAGAUCUUUUAGAAAUAAGUGAAGAUGGUGAAUAUGUAAGACGAAAAACACCUUUAGUAAAACCUGGAGAAAAUGAGAAAACUGCUUAUAUUAGACGAAGUGUGUAUGUUAAAGGAUUUGGUGAAGAAACAAAAACCAGUCAAAUAGACAUUGAAAAUUUUUUUAAAAAAUAUGGGAAAAUCAAUGUUGUAAGGCUUCGUAGAGAAGAUGACGGGACAUUUAAGGGAUCAGCGUUUUGUGAAUUUGCAGAAUUAGAGUUUAAAGAAAAUUUUCUUAAAAUAGAACCAAAGCCUCAAUACAAUGGAAAAGAUCUUCUAAUUAUGUCAAAACAAGAAUACAUAGAUAUGAAGUCAGCAAACUCUGGAGAUAAAUCUAAGAAGAAAAAAAGAUUUAACGCUUUCAAAGAAAUGGAGUUUAAUAAUAGACUUUGUGGAAAUGAGAAUAAUAAAAGAAAAAGAGACAAUAGCCACACAAAGUCUCGAAAUAAAAAAGAGAACAAACAUUGUAAACUCGAUAACCAAGAAAACUCAUUAAAAGAAAACAAUGAAGAAAAUAUUGUUUUGGAAACUCAAAAAUUAGUUGAAUCAUAG